AGCUCUAUAUUUUAAUUAAUAAGCCCUCGUAAAACAAUAUAAUUACAAAAAGACCCUGAGGUUCUCUUUCUCUACACUUAUCUCCUCAAAGAGGAUCAACCUCUCAAAUCUCGAAGUCUUGCCCAAACGAAAAUGACAGGUUCGAUCUCAACCUCAUGGCUUUUGUCGUCUCCUCCGAAUUCAAAAUCCAACGCCAUCUCAAAGUCCAUCUCUUUCCCGCCCCGAGUUCGACUCUCACCGAGAUCUCCGUUACCCACAACCCAGAUCCGAGCCGGAAUACGCGAGCUACGAGAGCGAAUCGACACAGUAAAAAACACCCAGAAGAUCACAGAGGCGAUGAAACUCGUGGCGGCGGCUAGGGUUCGCCGAGCUCAAGAAGCCGUCAUCAAUUGCAGACCUUUCACCGAAACCCUCGUCGGUAUCCUCCAUUCCAUCAACCAGUGCGCUCAAUCGGAAGACGUAGACUUCCCUCUCAGCAACGUCAGACCCGUAAAGAGAGUCGCUUUGGUCGUCGUCACCGGUGACAAAGGCUUGUGCGGCGGUUUCAACAACGCUGUGAUCAAGAAAGCUAAUUUAAGGGUCGACGAGUUGAAGCAGAGAGGUGUAAGCUGCGUUGUGGUGAGCGUAGGAAAGAAAGGGAACGCUUACUUUAGUAGGAGAGACGAUGUCGAAGUCGAUAAAUGUAUCGAAGGAGGAGGUGUUUAUCCGACGGCGAAAGAAGCUCAGGUAAUCGCAGACGACGUGUUCUCCUUGUUCGUGAGCGAGGAGGUUGAUAAAGUCGAGCUCGUGUACACAAAGUUCGUGUCUUUAGUGAAAUCAGAUCCUGUGAUCCACACUCUGUUACCGUUGUCUGUCAAAGGAGAGUCUCGCGACGUGAAUGGAGAGUGUGUUGACGCUAUGGAGGAUGAGAUGUUUAGGCUGACGAGCAAAGACGGGAAGCUCGCUGUGGAGAGGACCAAAGUUGAGGUUGUUGAGAGACCGGAGAUGAUCUCGCCGUUGAUGCAGUUUGAGCAAGACCCUGUUCAGAUUCUUGACGCGAUGAUGCCAUUGUAUCUGAACAGUCAGAUUCUGAGAGCGUUGCAGGAGUCUUUGGCGAGUGAGCUGGCGUCGAGGAUGAGUGCUAUGAGCAAUGCGACGGAUAAUGCGGUUGAGUUGAAGAAGAGUCUGACGGUUGCUUAUAAUCGGGAGAGGCAGGCUAAGAUCACUGGGGAGUUGCUGGAGAUUGUGGCUGGAGCCGAAGCUCUUCGAGGGACUUAGUUAGGAGAAAACUAUAUUUUUGUUAAAACCAUUUGUUGUUUGUGUAACAAUGUCAUGAAAGAAUAAAAACAUCGACAAAACACUGAUACU